AUGCUGGUGAAAGCCGUGGCCAACAGCACAACUGCCAGUUUCAUUCGUGUCAACGGAUCAGAGUUCGUACAGAAGUAUCUAGGAGAGGGACCUCGUAUGGUCCGUGACGUGUUCCGAAUGGCUCGUGAGAACUCCCCGGCCAUUAUCUUCAUUGACGAAAUCGACGCGAUCGCCACGAAGCGUUUCGAUGCCCAAACUGGUGCCGAUCGUGAAGUUCAGCGUAUCUUGCUGGAGUUGCUGAACCAGAUGGACGGUUUCGAACAAACCAGCAACGUCAAGGUCAUCAUGGCCACCAACCGAGCCGACACCUUGGACCCAGCUUUGCUGCGUCCUGGUCGUCUGGACCGAAAGAUCGAGUUCCCAAACCUGCGUGACCGACGUGAGCGCCGAUUGAUUUUCACAACCAUUGCCGCGAGGAUGUCACUGUCCCCCGAGGUCGAUCUCGAUGCCUUGAUCGUGCGCAAUGACCCCUUGUCUGGUGCUGUCAUUGCUGCUAUCAUGCAGGAGGCCGGUCUGCGGGCUGUCCGCAAGAACCGUUACAAUAUUAUCCAAUCGGACCUUGAAGAUGCUUAUGCCGUCCAGGUCAAGACUGGACAGGAUGAUGACCGACCUGACUUCUACCGGUAA